GCAAGGCGUUGCUAGGUAGUGCUGGGGUUGUGUCUCACAAUAUUAACUCAGAACUCUGUAUUAUUCAAUACACUGUACCAUUAAAGUCGACCGUUCUUCUCCUGGGAGACAAAACCCAGGGCGCCAAACAUCCUCUGAUGCUGUGCCCCGGAAAAGGUUUAGUUGCGAACGAGCGACUGGUUUUCAUUCAUUAAGUGGAAGUCGUUUGGUACAGUUGAUCAAAAGGCGAAAUAUAAUCAAGUACAAGAUUGAAUAUCACAAGAGAAAUGUUUUACCAUAUUUCUUUGGAGCAUGAAAUCUUACUUCACCCGAGGUAUUUUGGUCCUAACCUCCUCAACACCGUGAAGCAAAAGCUUUUCACAGAAGUGGAGGGUACCUGCACUGGCAAGUAUGGCUUUGUCAUUGCAGUCACCACCAUUGACAACAUCGGGGCAGGUGUAAUCCAGCCUGGGAGAGGCUUUGUCCUCUAUCCAGUCAAGUACAAGGCCAUUGUCUUCCGCCCAUUUAAAGGGGAAGUGGUGGAUGCUGUGGUCACUCAGGUUAACAAGGUUGGAUUGUUCACAGAAAUUGGUCCCAUGUCUUGCUUCAUCUCUCGACACUCCAUCCCCUCAGAAAUGGAGUUUGACCCCAACUCUAAUCCUCCUUGUUACAAGACAGUCGAUGAAGACAUUGUAAUCCAGCAAGAUGAUGAGAUUCGGCUUAAGAUUGUGGGAACAAGAGUGGACAAAAAUGACAUUUUUGCCAUUGGGUCUCUGAUGGAUGAUUAUCUGGGUCUUGUGAGCUGAUUUGCUCCAGAGGGAGCACAUGUCAUAUGGGACUUUUUGUGCAGUAGUCUUGUCAUUGCUUUACUAAAAUGAAACUUUUUCUACACUGUUUGAUAAGUUAUGGUGAAAAGUGCUAAAGCCCAAUACCUACAUCUUUUUAUUAUGCUGUACAGUUUACGUCUCUAGGUUUUUAUGAGAUGAUGAUUCAGCAAAAACAAUAACAUAGCCAGGACAAGGCUUUGUUCAUUGACAGAAGCUCAUAUUCAUUAUUCAUGGUUUCUUUCAUGUAAAAUUCAUAAUUUACAUCUUUCUGUUGUUUUGUAUGUGGAUUAAAAUAAAGUAUUUUUUAUCUGUUCUUA